GACCUGAGCAUGCGCACUCUUAGCACUCCCAGUCCUGCGCUAAUAUGUCCACCAAAUUCACACAGCUUGCAGAAUGGAAAAGAAUCUUCUACAUCUUCCUCUUCAGUCACUGGGGAGACCAUUGCAAUGGUUCACUCACCUCCUCCAACCUGCCUUACCCACCCUCUCAUUCAUGCUGCCUCUCGGCUUCAAAAGGAACAGGCUAAUAUCAACCGGCUUCCCGACCCUUCCGUGAUCCAGAUAUUCUCUUUUUUGCCCACCAAUCAGUUGUGCCGCUGUGCUCGUGUAUGCCGCCGCUGGUAUAAUCUUGCUUGGGACCCGCGACUUUGGAGGACUAUUCACCUGAUAGGUGAAACGAUCAACGUGGACAGGGCUCUGAAGGUGCUGACACGACGACUUUGCCAGGACACCCCAAACGUCUGUCUCAUGCUGGAGACGGUAAUUGUUAGUGGCUGCAGGCGGCUCACAGACAGAGGACUUUACACCAUUGCUCAAUGCUGUCCAGAACUGAGGCAAUUAGAAGUAUCAGGUUGCUACAACAUUUCCAAUGAGGCGGUUUUUGAUGUAGUGUCCUUGUGUCCAAACUUGGAGCAUUUAGAUGUAUCAGGUUGUUCCAAAGUGACUUGCAUCAGUUUAUCCCGUGAAGUUUCCAUCAAAUUGUCUCCUUUACAUGGCAAACAGAUUUCUAUCCGCUACUUGGACAUGAGUGACUGCUUUGUCCUUGAGGAUGAAGGACUGCACACCAUUGCCACCCACUGCACUCAGCUGACACAUCUCUACUUGCGUCGUUGCAUCCGCAUUACUGAUGAAGGCCUCCGUUACCUGAUGAUUUACUGCCCUUCCAUCAGGGAGUUGAGUGUGAGCGACUGCCGCUUUGUCAGUGACUUUGGAAUGCGUGAGAUUGCAAAGCUGGAGUUCCGCCUGCGGUACCUCAGCAUUGCCCACUGUGUCCGCAUCACUGAUGUGGGCAUCCGAUACAUUACCAAGUACUGCAGCAAGCUGCGCUACCUCAACGCGCGGGGCUGUGAGGGCAUCACAGACCACGGAGUAGAGUACCUGGCCAAAAAUUGCACAAAACUCAAGUCACUGGACAUUGGGAAGUGCCCUCUGGUCUCCGACAUUGGCUUGGAGUUUCUGGCUCUGAACUGCUUCAACUUGAAGCGACUGAGCCUGAAGUCCUGCGAAAGUGUCACUGGACAAGGCCUGCAGAUUGUAGCAGCCAAUUGCUUUGACCUGCAAAUGCUGAACGUUCAGGACUGUGAGAUUUCGGUGGAAGCUUUGCGGUUUGUCAAGCGCCAUUGCAAGCGUUGCAUUAUAGAGCACACUAACCCUGCCUUUUUUUGAAGUGAAACGUCCUUCUUGUUGCUGAAACAAAAGAUUAAAAUUGUUUGUACGUACAUGUGCACAGUUUGUCCACAUACAGCAACUGUACCUUUUUUGUGCCAGAGAUAGCAACAUAGAACUUAGCCAUCUACGUUGGUCCCUCUAUGGUACCUUUUAGUGGCCUUGCUCAACUCUUCACGUUCUGGAAAGUGCAUAAAAUCAUCACUCUCUGGCCUUUGGGGUUACUGAGAGAGUGGUGUGUGUGUAGAGUUCAGAAAUCAGAAGGCAAGUAAUAAGUCUGAAUUUGUUGUUGACUUCAAAUCCCAUGGGUUCUAAUUCAGAAAAAGUGAAUUGUAACGCCAUCUCCUUGAAAACCAGUCAAAAAAGAUAGUUAUGAGAAAUCUCUUUGUUUUCAGUGGAACUUUGUCAUGGCUAUCUUUAGCUAAAUUGGAAGGAUAAAUCCUACCCUCUUUUAAUUGUGUUUGUGCCACAAUUAUUGUUAAAAAAAAAAAAGUUACCACCCAAAGUGCAAUACUUUUAGCACCUCUGGCUUUCUAGCCAUUGUAAUUAUGCAACUGUGAGAGAUGAAGCACGCAUGCAUUUUGAUUGUGAUUCUCAGUGUUGAAUGAGUUCCCUGCUCCUGCUCUCUGGUGCCUCUCAGGAAUCCUACUAAGAGUUUUUCUCUAAAAGAAGGUUGUAGGACACCUUCCUUCAAUUCGGAUUGUCACAGCAUGUCUUGUUAUUUAAAAGAAGCAUAUACUUAAUCUACUCAGUAUCCUUAUGGCAAUCCUUUAUCUCAAAAAUAUAUACCAGAGGUGGGCCACUUUUGGCCUCCCAAUUCCCUUUGUGCAUUCCCCAGACCCUCCCUUGACCAUGAUUGCUGAAAAAUGACAUCACUGUUUCCUGCCAUAUUUGGAUUGGAAACAGAUAAAGACUAGUGUAAACCCUAAAACAGGGCCAUCACAAUUAAAACAAAAAUACCUUCCUCAAUCUUCCCCCCAAAUCACACCCCACCUACAAAUGCAAUCAGGCCGUAUUCAACUGAAUAUAACAAAAUGUGGCCAUUGACCCUUCUUCCCAUUCCCCACUAUGUAGAAUGUAACCCAUUCUUCACACACUCUGUCCUUAACUUUUUCUAUUUCAGACCUGGAGGCCCUAAGGCACACUGAAAGUGGAAUAUUCAUAAGCUUCACAGUAACACUUGUGUGACUAACAGCAGUCACCUAAUUCUUUAGCACACUUCCUUGGUUCAGUACUCCAGAAACAAACCUCAGUUGAUGCUCAAGGGACUGCAUGUGUCCUGUCAUGGCACUGACAGAAAUCUUUUCUGUGGAGUCCUUGAGGUUCUCUGAGUUUGGUUGCACUGAAGAUGUUACCUAGCCG